ACCAUGAGUAAGAAUUCAUCCCUGGUAACCCGGUAAGCCCGAGGCUCUGGGUACGGGCGGGGCGGGUUAGCCGGGAGCCUUCAUCUCCCUCCCCUCCCUGCGCCCUGCGCACCAGCCAGGGUUUUUUUUUUUUUUUUCCGGCAACGGCGUUUUCUGAUUUUAAUACAUCGCAAACCUGCUCCAUAAAGGAAUAAGAUGAGCAGAAAAGGAAAAGGUGAGUGAGGAAAUGUAGCAGAGCAGCAGCGAGGCAACACCUGCCCCAGUUUGGCGCAGACAGCCCAGCGCAGACAGGCGGCCCGCCCUGCGUGCCCCUGAAGCCACCCUCACCAUGUCCAAGAAGGGCACGGGCAGCCGCAGCAAGGCAGACAAGGAGCUCCUUGGCGCGCUGCAGGCUGCCAAUGACGAGCUGCGGGCCAAGCUCACAGAAAUCCAGAUCGAGCUGCAGCAGGAGAAGAGCAAGGUCAGCAGGCUGGAGAGGGAGAAGAACCAGGAGCUGAAGCAGGUGCGCGAGCACGAACAGCACAAGGCGGCCGUGCUGCUCACUGAGCUCAAGACCAAGCUGCACGAGGAGAAGAUGAAGGAGCUGCAGGCCGUGCGCGAGACGCUGCUGCGGCAGCACGAGGCCGAGCUCCUGCGCGUCAUCAAGAUCAAGGACAACGAGAACCAGCGGCUGCAGGCGCUGCUGCAGACCCUGCGCGACAGCGGCCCCGACAAGGUCAAGACCGUGCUGCUGUCCGAGGUGAAGGAGGAGGCCAAGAAGGGGUUCGAGGUGGAGAAGAUGAAAAUGCAGCAGGAGAUCACCGAGCUCAAGGGGGCUAAGAAGCAGGUGGAGGAGGCGCUGACCAUGGUGGUGCAGGCGGACAAGAUCAAGGCCGCCGAGAUCCGCAGCGUGUACCACCUGCACCAGGAGGAAAUCAGCCGCAUCAAGAAGGAGUGCGAGCGCGAGAUCCGCAGACUGAUGGAGGAGAUAAAAUUUAAGGACAGAGCAGUCUUCGUGCUGGAGAGAGAGUUAGGGGUGCAAGCCGGUCACGCUCAGAGACUGCAGCUCCAAAAACAGGCCUUAGAUGAGCAGCUGUCACAGGCCAAAGAGGCCGAUCGGCACCUGGGUAGCCCCAGGCGGGAAGUUCCUUAUGCAAGUGGUGCAGGAGACGCCUCAGAGCCCUCAGCAAGCCCUGAACAGCAGUUAGAUGAAAAGGAUGCUCGGCGCUUCCAACUUAAAAUCGCAGAGCUAAGUGCGAUCAUUCGGAAACUGGAGGACCGGAAUGCCUUGCUGUCGGAAGAAAGGAAUGAGCUGUUAAAGCGUUUAAGAGAAGCUGAGAGUCAGUACAAGCCAUUGCUGGAUAAAAACAAACGCCUCACUCGGAAAAACGAGGAUCUGUCCCACACUUUACGUCGAAUGGAAAACAAGUUAAAAUUUGUCACCCAGGAGAACAUAGAAAUGAGACACAGAGUCAGGACCAUAAGGAGACCCAGUUCCUUGAAUGACCUGGAUCAAAAUCAAGAUGAACGAGAAAUUGACUUCUUGAAGCUGCAAAUUGUGGAGCAGCAGGGCCUCAUAGACGAGCUUUCCAAGACCCUGGAAACGGCUGGUUAUGUGAAGAGCGUGUUAGAGCGUGACAAGCUUUUAAGAUACCGGAAACAAAGGAAGAAAAUGGCAAAGCUCCCCAAGCCGGUCAUCGUGGAGACCUUCUUUGGGUACGAUGAGGAAGCCUCCUUGGAGUCCGAUGGCUCUUCCAUCUCGUACCAAACGGACAGGACAGACCAGACCCCGUGCACCCCAGACGACGACCUGGAGGAGGGUAUGGCCAAGGAGGAGACAGAGCUCAGGUUCCGGCAGCUGACCAUGGAGUACCAGGCUCUGCAGCGCGCGUACGCCUUGUUACAGGAGCAGGUCGGAGGGACGCUGGACGCAGAGCGAGAAGUUAAGACCCGUGAGCAGCUCCAAGCAGAAGUGCAGAGGGCACAGACCAGGAUAGAGGACCUGGAGAAGGCGCUGGCCGAGCAGGGGCGGGAUAUGAAGUGGAUUGAAGAGAAGCAAGCACUGUAUCGGAGAAACCAAGAGCUGGUAGAAAAGAUUAAACAUAUGGAGACGGAAGAGGCUCGGUUAAAACAUGAGAUCCAGGAUGGGAAAGACCAAAACGAGCUGCUGGAAUUCCGGAUCCUGGAGCUGGAGGAGAGGGAGAGGAAGUCGCCCGCCAUCAACUUCCACCACACCCCCUUCGUGGACGGCAAGAGCCCCCUCCAGGCGUACUGCGAGGCGGAAGGCGUGACGGACAUCCUGGUCUCAGAGCUGAUGAAGAAGCUGGACAUCUUGGGGGACAACGCCGUAAGUAAUCUGACCAAUGAGGAACAAGUGGUCGUCAUACAAGCCAGGACAGUUCUGACCUUAGCUGAAAAGUGGCUCCAGCAGAUCGAAGAGACGGAGUCAGCCCUGCAGCGGAAGAUGGUUGACCUGGAGAGCGAGAAGGAGCUGUUCAGUAAACAGAAGUGCUACCUGGACGAGGAGCUGGACUACAGGAAGCAGACCCUGGACCAGGCUCACAAGCACAUCCUGGAGCUGGAGGCUAUGCUGUACGAUGCCCUGCAGCAGGAGGCCGGCGCCAAAGUGGCCGAGACACUGUCGGGGGAGGAGCGCGAGCAGCUCAAGGUGGCGGUGGAGCAGUGGAAGCGCCAGGUCAUGAGCGAGCUACGAGAGCGGGACGCCCAGAUCCUGAGGGAGCGCAUGGAGCUGCUGCAGCUGGCGCAGCAGAGAAUUAAAGAGUUAGAAGAAAGAAUAGAAGCUCAGAAGAGACAAAUAAAGGAACUGGAGGAAAAGCUUUCAUUCUGUGGUCAUAGCUCGCGUGGGCACCCCGAUGUGCCCCCCGAGGAGCCGGACCCUGUUCCUCCAGCGGGACCAGACAGCAGUGGGUACCUGGGUGACAAAACCAGACGCCUGGCAUCAUGCCUGAAGACCCGAGAGGGGGUGGUGGCUACUGAGCCCUCCCAGCAAGGGAGAGGGGGAGGGGUCUCACAGUCCUGUGAGCCGGCCGCUGGCCACUCUGAUGGGCCAGGAUUAGAGCUGCUUUCCCAGAUGGGCCCCUCUGCAAGAGGCCUGGUCUUGGCUGCUGGACCCUGGGGUCCCACCGUGGGACACAGCCUCCUGAUCCAGUUCCAGGGAUGUGUGAGUCCCUGCUGUACAGGUGCAGAGAGCAAGUCUGGGCAGGGGUGCAUCCCCGAGCCCUGCACACUCACCCCUCCUGGCUCCGGGGUGUCUGAGGAAGAGUCUGAGAAAAUGCAGGCACCCCACAAAAUGACAGGAGGCAGGCUGUGGCUGCGUGGUGACCUGCAUUCAGGGAGACCAGAACAGCUCGUGGGGACAUGUGAGGACGGCUUCCUGAGACGCCUCAGGUGGCUACGGUUAUUCUGCGACUCACGUGCAGGGUCCGCUGGACACAUCACGACAACCUCCCUUGUGUGUGACGCGUCACCCGUGGGUGCAGACGGGAGCGUGGCUGCCACCCUGCGCUGUGCCAUCACCCGCUGCCUCCUCACCGGGCCCGAGACACGAAGGCUGAAGUCCUGCCUUGAGCCUCGGCCCGGGAGCCAGGCAGGACUGACCAAAGGGAGAACUGAGCAGCGUGGUGACGGGAGAAGGGACGAGACAGGGACGGCCCCCUGGAAGGGUACAGGCCGCUUCCAGCAGCACAGCCCAAACCCUGCAGAGGCCCUGGGUGUGCGUGCCACCCGGCCCGGAGGCCCACGGGCGGCAGGGAGCCGGGCACAGCCAAAGCUGCCCUGUCAGCACUCUGCCCUUUGUGCUCGAGGGGCCGUGCCGAGAAGAUGGGUGGCAGUGCACCUGCAGAUGAAGAAGGGAGCCUGACGCCCAGGUGGUGAGCAGAGGAAAGAGCAUGUUGGUGAAGCUAGUUUUAGUGUGAUUUCCAUUCCUGCCGAGCUCGGACCCACAACCCCGGGGAGCCACCCAGCACCAAUGCAACUCGACGUCCAGCCCUUGUGUGGGCCUCACACCGUGGUGAUGUAAGGUCAUUGCUCUCAGUGCUGAAGUGACAGGAGUGCGUGUGUGUGCGCACAUGCGCGUGUGUCCAACCGGAAGACCAUGCACAGCAUUUCAGCUCUUUGGGGCGCAUAGAAGUUGACACGCUGGGCAGUUAGCUGUGCAGCCACGUGAGAACAUGACACACAACAUUGUGUAACAGAAAACAAACCACAUCCCCAAGAGGCUGGAGGCAGGGGUGACUGCUGUCUGCAAGCGUUAGGCUCGUUUUACAUUUGUGUUGGAAGAAAUAUUCAACUCCGGUGCAGACGACAGUGGCAGCCGGACCAGGGCUUGAUUCCCGAGGUUGAAAUCAGGAGAAGCCUAUAGAAUCUGACACAUGUCCUUUCCGUGGUGGGUGCAGGAUUUCUGCUGGACAACCCCUUUUUCACUCAUACUUGUCCAAGAAGGACCCAUCCCUCUGUUGUCACUAGAGCCAUGCUCACCUGGUCACGCGAACAAGAUGGGCCACUCCACUGCUUCUCUGCUGAGCCGCAGGCCGGGUUUGUGUCCCUCGUCAGAAACCUCGUUCAAUCCUCUGUUUGUCAUUUUAU